CUCACUUCUGUGUCAAGUGUCGUUACUGGCAUUUCAUAGUGUCACUGUCAUUUCUGAUUUGUCUGUUCCGUUAUCACUUUCCAGUUGUGUUGUUUUCGGUUCUUUUUGCUUCCUUUCUGUUACAUUUUGUGAAGUAGCAACACGUUUCGUGUCUCUAGACUUAAAAAUGCGUUACGUGGCUGCAUACUUACUUGCCGUCUUGGGAGGCAAUAAUUCCCCAGCAAGUUCAGAUCUUGAAAAAAUCCUCGGAUCUGUUGGUGUUGAAGCUGAUGGAGAAAGAUUGAGCAGGGUUAUCAAGGAACUCAAUGGAAAGUCCAUCGACGAACUGAUCGCUCAAGGGCGUGAGAAGUUGAGCUCAAUGCCAGUUGGUGGUGCUCCAGCAGCUGCAGCAGCAGCACCAGGAGCAGCCCCAGCAGCUGCUGAAGGAAAGAAAGAAGCCAAAAAGGAAGAGAAGAAAGAGGAAUCUGAAUCAGAAGAUGAUGACAUGGGAUUUGGAUUGUUCGACUAAGAACUUUUGUUUUUUGUAUUUUUUAAGAUUGAUUUUAAGUAAAUCAAGUUUUUAAAAAUCAGAAUCUUU